AUGAAAGCCCUCAUAAAGCUCUUGCCAUCCAUGGAUUACCACUUACGGCGCGCUGUAGUUCGUUCUUUGGACCUUCCGUUGCACCGGAGGUCUCCUAGACUAGAGGCAAGAUGGUUCAUAGAUCACUAUGCUAGAGAUGAGAGCAAUUCCGACCCAUUGCUCGUUAGAUUUGCAACGACGGACUUCAACAAUGUGCAAAGUUUGCAUCAGGAAGAACUCGCAAGACUGGCAAGGUGGUGGAAGGGGACCGCCCUUAGUGAAAAAUUAGGGUUCGCCAGGGAUCGUUUCAUGGAGUGCUUCCAUUACGCAAAUGGAAUUGUGUGGGAGCCAAACAAUGGAGCAUGUCGAGAAGUGCUUGCUAAAGUCGCCAAUCUAAUAGUUCACUUAGAUGAUGUUUAUGAUGUAUAUGGAACUCUAGAUGAACUUGUUCUCUUCACCGACGCCAUUGGAAGGUGGGAAGAAAGUCCUAGUGAAAGACUCCCCGAAUACAUGCAAGCACUAUAUUCCGUGAUGUACAACACAUCGGCUGAGGUGGCUGAAAAUGUGUUGGAACAACAUGGUUGUGAUGCUCGUCAUGUUCUUCAGAAAGCAUGGCGAGAUAUGGCGGAGUCUUUCUUGGUGGAGGCAAAGUGGCACCAUGGAAACCACAGACCAACAUUGCGUGAGUAUCUGGACAACGGAUCAAUUUCAUCCUCUGCUCCACUGCUGCUGCAACAUGCGUUUCCCCUGCUCCACAUGGAAGAAAAGCUUACCCCAAUGUCUCUUGCUAAAGUUGGAAGCUACCCUAAAUUAGUUGAGUCUGGGUCAUUAGUUCUUCGUCUCUGCAACCCACUUUCUGAGCUGGAGCGAGGGGAUGCACCAUCAUCAAUAGCUAUUCACAUGUCAGAGAACAGCUCCAAUGAGCAAGAGUCUCGCGAAGCCAUGGAAGAUCUUAUCAUGGAAGCUUGGAAGUCGAUUAACGAAGAUGCAUUCAAACACUGCCAAUUUUCUAGAUCUUUUGCCAAGACUUGCGUGAAUUUGGCUCGAAUCUCACAUUGUGUUUACCAAGGUGGGGAUGGUUUUGGUGCGCCGGAUGGUCAGAAGAGAAGGCAAAUAAGAGAGUUAUACUUGGACUCUUUCAUUAGUGAGAAACAUUAA